UUUAUUGCUAUGUUUAGCGACGAAGCUCAAGUGCCUGUGAGUAUACCGUCCUCAUGGAAGAAAUGUCAGCAGUUGACCCAGGAAUCGAGAGGCUGUCAGACCAGGGUGAUUGACAGCACUGAAGCAGGAGUCCAGGCUGUUUCCUGUGUGAUUGGCGCUACUCAGACGGAGCUGCAGGAUCAAGUCACAACUCACUUCCUCCAAGACCCACACGACGAGCUCAGUUCUCCGGGCCUGAAGGAUUUCUUACGCCGGGUGGAGGUCCCAGUCAUCAGAGAGUUGGUCAGGAGCGCUAAGAGUCACGCUUUCGAUGGCUUUCAGGUCAACUGGGAAGAACACAAUCAGAUGGUUUUGUGCCUUCACCAACUUGAACAUCCCAAAGCUGUGGAGCGAUCGCUUCCUGUAACGAGUGUAUCCUGGAGUUGCACUGGUGCAUCAGUCGUCUGUGCAUAUGGCCGGAUGGGAGAAGGCGACUGGAGCGAUGACAAGUCAUACGUGUGCAUGUGGAACCUGGACCAUCGAGGUCUGAACCCCAAACAAGCUGAUCUGGUCAUCAAUGUUACAACUGCAGUGACUUCCCUGAGCUGCCACCCCAUGCGGCCUGCUCUCAUCGCAGGUGGUUUGUACAGUGGAGAAGUGGUGGUCUGGGACACCAGUCAGACGACAGAUCCAGUGCUGAUGCAAACAGGCAUGUCUGCAGACAGCCACAGGGAGCCUGUUUGUCAGGUAACCUGGGUGCCACUACACGAUAAAGGAGAGUUUGGAGUUCUGAGUGCAUGCUCAGGAGGAAGACUCCUGCUGUGGACGGUCAACUCGGAGCAAGGAAGAUUUGUACUGAAGGCAGCCUUUGCUUUGGUCCAACAGCAGCUUCCUUCCGUCAGCAGCAGCUUCAAGGCACAAGGAACCAUCACCGUGGGUGUCACUUCCAUGGAUCUCUCCGCCUGGGACCCAGAUACCUUGAUUGUCGGCUCCGAGGGAGGCCUUCUGCUGAGAUGUUCCCUCUCCUCCCAGACACCAGCUGCGGUCCCGCCUCAAAGCCAAAGCGUUCCACUGAGAGCUCCGGUAGUCUUCUCCUUCAGGCCCGGCAGCGGUCCCGUCCACUCCAUACACUGCUCACCUUUCCACAGGAACCUGUUUUUGAGCGCAGGGACUGAUGGUUUGGCUCACCUACAUUCUCUGCUGCAGACCAACCCCCUACUGUCCCUUCGAGUGUCAGACACGUAUGUGUUUAAGGUGCAGUGGUCUCCAAGCCGGCCUUUGCUCUUUGCUGCAGCCACAGGACAAGGUGAGGUGCAGAUAUUUGACCUGAGCGGCAGGUCACUGAGGCCGGUGGCCACCAUUGGCCAGGGAGGCGAUGGCAAGGCUGCAACGUGUUUGGCCUUCAACGGCCAGCACAGCGGCCUCCUCGCAGUGGGAAGAAGCGACGGAACAAUUGGUGUUUGGAAACUAAGCACCGACUUGACAGAGCAGAAGCCCACAGAGACCAACCUGCUGGAGCAGAUAGCCAGUCAGGUGGCAGAAUGACACAUGACAAUGUUUCUUCUAGCUUGGUGGUUGGCGUGGCUUAGGAACAUCAACAACAUGCACAGGAGAAGAAGGAAAGUAACCAAAGCAAGAUACUGAAUUUUUAAAGGUGAUGGAUUGCUAGGUUGCCACCAUGUGGCCAAGAGUAGUCUGCCUUACUUCUGGUGUUUGAAUGGGGGGGUAACAAUUCAAUGACUUUUCAGCAUCUUCAUGCGUAUGUGGCUAUACUUCUCUGCUGUAUAAUGUAUGGCAGAUGAAAGGGAAAAAAUGCCCCUUACAUUAUGUUGCUUUUCCAUGUUAUUGUCAUGCAACAGCGCUGGCUUUGUAAUCAUGGUGGUAUAUUAUGCAGUUUGUUGGAUAAUUGGAGCAUUUAGAUGAAGAGGUCGUUUACAUUUUGGAGGCAAAAAAGGUGAUGACAACUCCACAAUAGAAGAGAGCACAUUUGCUGCAGUUUUAAGCUGGAAACACGGCCACAGGGUGGCAGAAGUGCAUUUUAUAUGAACUCUGCCUGCAACUUUUCCCACAUAGAAAUACAUGCUGCAUCGCAACCAGGAAGUGAAAAGUCUUGUAGCGUUCAAGAGAUUAGGCAUUGAGGGGAACUUUGAAUGUAUCCUCCCAUGUGCACACACACACAGUUCAGUUGCAAAAGUGAAAAUUGCAAAUAGUUAAUGGUUUUAUAUUUGUAAAUAAAUUAUUUUCAUGUAAAGCAACAAUUUCUGUGUUUAUGUUGUGACGUCAUUGUUUGGACAUUUAGGCUAAAUAUACAUAUGUGGCUACGUUAUGUCAAUGUAAAAGUUGAUAUAUAUGUAUUUUUCCCCCAAAUACUGUC